UAGGAAAUAGGAAUUGCUAACUAGGGUUUCGGGUUGUCUUAUCAAACCCUAAAAAAAGCCCGAAAUCAUUUUUUCCCCUCUCCAAUAAAACCAGCCGCUCUGCUUCCUCUCCUGCACCUGAAAACCCUAACCAGCAAAAUCCUACUCUGCCUCCAUUUACAUAUCAAAUCAAAAAGCUGAACCGGAAAAAACCAAAUCAUGGGUGAGAAUUAAGAAAUGAGAAUCAUCCGAUCACUAAUUCGUCACAAGCUUAACUCUUAGUCUUACCCAAUUUGCCAUUUGAAAGUACUAAUUUGUAUCAAUGUCAAGCCUUCCGGAAGAAGUGUACCUGGAAAUCCUAUACAGAGUACCAGUGAAAACAACAUUUGUAUGUAAGUGUGUAUGUAAAUCUUGGUUAUCCUUAAUUUCUACUCCUGAUUUUAUCAAAAUGCAUCUCAAUGUUUCAAUUCAGAAAAAUAACCCUAAAGUUAUGAUUAAAUACCAUGACCCGGUUAAUCAAGGUACUAUUACUUUCUCUGUUAGCUACGAUUCGUUAUCUUCGUCGACAAAUGAGUUUGAAGACGAAGCUAUUGCAAUGGAUUACCCAUUGGAAUCUGAUGGUUAUCUGUUUAAAACAUGGGGUACUUGUGAUGGUUUGUUUUGCUUAGGUUUUGAAGUUGGUGUCGCUGAUGUUCUUUAUCUUUGGAACCCAGCAACACGAGAAUACAAGGAAUUACCUGAAUCACCAAAUGAAUCUUCUGAGAGUAAAGAGAUUGGGGUUUGUGGGUUUGGUUAUGAUGAUAGGAAUGGCGAUUACAAAAUUGUGAAACUGUUGCAGUAUAGGAGAAUGGUGGAGGAUAGUUAUCCGGUAGACAGGGAGGAUCCAAGUCAAGGAAUGUCUUUAGUCGAUGUUUAUACCAUGGGGUCAAAUUCAUGGAAAAGCAUUGCAUCUGUUCCGUAUAGUUUUCCUAUUUGUGGAGAUCCUGGGGUGCUUGUUAAUGGGGUUCUUCAUUGGUUAGGAUAUACCCAACCCAAGCACUACAACGUUCUCUUGUUAUGGUCUCUUUUAAUAUCAACGAAGAGAGAUUCGAAGAAUUGCAACUGCCAAAACAACCCUUUGAGAAAAAGAAUGUAUUUGUAACUGUGGGAGUGUUGGAAGGGUGUCUUUGUGUCAUUAAUAGUAUUGAUCCCAAUUACUUUCAAAUAUGGAAGAUGGAGGCUUAUGGAGUUCGAGAAUCGUGGAAUUUACGUCAUGUUAUUACCAAUGAAAGAAUUGCGAAUGACUCUUUAUUAACGUUGGCUUGGUUCAAGAGUGGUGAGUUUCUGUUUCCGAUUCCUGGUGACCUAGUUUUUUAUGACGCAAAGAAUGGAACAGCUAGAGAACCAAAUAUCCAUAAUUCGUCAUUGGAUUUGAUGGAACACGUGACUUAUUAUGAAAGUUUAGUUUCAUUAAACUCUGGUACUUAUUUGAAGCCAUGGACAAUAGAGGAGGAGAUAAUUUAAGAAUGAGGAAGAAGCCUCUGCGGAGAAGCAUGAUUAUGUCAUUAGUCCUUUUUAUGUGUAAUUGAGUGGCAGCAGGUAUUAGAAGCUCUCCAACCUACCAACUAAUUUGAGAAUUUUGACAUGAAACAUGGGGUUGUGUAUUCCCAUGUGGAUGUAUGUUCUCUCUGAUUGUCAAAAUCUGGAUCAGUUUGAAAACUGCAAAAAAUUAAACAACUUCCAGGAAUGGUCGGGCAUUCCAUGUCCAAGGUUUUUUGAGUUUACAGGAAUCUGAAGAAGUGUGCUGUUUCUGUCCUUUUCUUCAGAAUCUGAAGUUCGUUAGCUCUCUUCAGAGAUUGGUCUUGAUGAGUUUUCCAGUUCUGAAGUUUCUACCAGACUUAUCAAUUGUCUCUUUCCUUGUUUGAUAAAAUAAGCAGUUUGUUGCAGUAGCAGGUAUUCCCUCUGUUCUUUAAUAUCUUCUUUAUUUUGAUUAUGUAUAGAUGGAAUUUGAUUUAACUUUCUUAUUUACUGUCGAAGUGCUAGGUAUCAAUUUAUUUUCAGUAUCUUAAUUUUGGUCUUGCAUCUAAGACAGUCUGCAGUUAUCUUCUUGUGGUUGUAAUUUUCAUUUCUGAGAACACCACCCCACAAGAAAACCCCAAAAUAAAGACCACCUAAGGCACCAAUGGGAU